AUGGACCUGAAGAACGAUGAGCUCUCACGUCAGUACAACCAGACAUUCAAGGGUUGGGCAAAUAUCAUGGGUAUCAACAAUUUUGAGGGCUCGCAAGUCUACAAGUACGCUGAUCCGACGGAUGGAAAGUUUGACUAUCUAGCACAUCGCCGCCGUAACAAGCAGAAUGUGGAGAUCAUGCGAAAAGCGGAGGCCAACUUGGAUGCUUUCUGGGAGGCGGUGGACCGGCACUACAAAUCUAGAAGUGGUGGCUCUCAACAUGAUAAAGUUGCGCAUCUCCUCAGCAAGGACAGCGCUGUGCAGCGAACGCCUCCUUGGGAAGAGCCUGACAAGACUACGAAUUCCGCGAGCGUAGCGCCUGUCGAAUUACGUAUCACUGGUGUGUUCGAUCGCACCACUCUCAACGAACCCGCUGUCAAACCAAAGACCCGGGGUAAUGCGCCCCAAUCUGCCGAACCUACGGCACCUGCGACCGCUACCCAAGACAUACAGCCACAGCCCAUCUUCAUGGUCGACAAGCGCGCGCACAAGGUCUUCAAAUCGCUCUUCCAUUCGCCAUACAACACCGAUCUACCAGGCGAGGUUCUGUGGUCUGACUUCUUGCACGCAAUGGUGUUGAUAGGUUUUUCAGCUGAGAAGAUACAUGGUUCUGCUUGGAACUUCACCCCGAAUACGCUUGGCGCUGGGGUAGAGAGAACCACUAUACAUGUGAGCAGUUCGAUCUUUGGGUCGAGUGCGGCAGCUGCUAGUUCACCAUCGACUACGCACGUAACACAGUAUAUAACUACAGUGGUUAUCGCAUCUGGGACAGUAGCCCCCAGCGUGGCUUCUUCGACGGCCGCCUCAGCAUCCCUGAUAUCAACAUCCAAAGACUCCGAUUCUGCACGACCGAGUACACCAAACUCUCCUUCAGACCCCUCGGCGCAACUCACCAACUCAUCCGAUACUACACCGACAGCGCCCGCUUCUCCAAGCACCAGCGCAACGAACACCGAGCAAAGUCCACCGCGCACCAUGACACACCCUUCAGGACUCUCGCUGUGCGCAACGAUCGGCCUAGCAGUGGGCAUUCCAUGUGGCAUGAUCUUGCUCAUUACCACAGGCACAUACCUGCUUUGGAAACGCAAUACAGCCAAGAGAGCGUAUCGGGCAAUGCGCAUCCAAGACCUACGGGCGCAGGCCGGGAAGAAGGGACACGCACGUGAACUUGAUGGCAUGGGAACUAUGCGCCAAGAGAUGGAGACAUCCGCCAAUAUAGCUGAGUUACCGGGCAGGUUCUCUCGGCCCGAGUUGGCGCGGUACGAGUUGGGCGAAUAA